AACAUGGGCGGGGUCACUCGCCGGAUCGCGCGAUCAUCACUAGCCACAGUCUUGGUGUGUGGUAGCUUUGGACGAGGGAGAGAGACAGAGCACUAAGAAGCGGAAGCAUGAAAAGGUUAUACAAAUUGCGGGAACUUCCCCAACAUCUCCAGUUUAAUGAGUUCAUCCUGACGGGCUACCGACCGCCGUCCAGCUUCUCUGACUGCCUCAGGAGCACUCUUCACCUCCACAACGAGUCCUUCAACAUCGUCAGCCACUGUGAGACACUAGCUAUACUGGCUAUGUACAGUGGAACCUCCGAUAAGGGGAACCUCCUAGCUACAAAGUCCCGAAGUUACCCAAGUCCCUACGUGCAGUGUCUCUAAUAGUUUGUGUAUAAUAUCCGCAAUACACCACCAGUCUAUGCCUGUCUAGCUCUAGCAUACUUUGCUGGUCGUUGGGUUGACCAUUCUGCCACCUGGACCAACGGAGACGGCCCAGUGAGGCUCUUUAUCAUCGCAGACCUCCUAACCAGCACCCUCCCCUUUGCCCUCAGCGUCCUCUACCACACCUUCAUGCCCCAUAUCUCCGGCCAACAUGUCUACAAUAGACUACUCAAAACCGACGUUUUCGGCGUCUGGUUCGCGACGACAUUUGGAUCCCUCGUCGGGAUUUACGUGACUCUCUACUGUCUCCCGAAACUCCUCCAAUUGUACCUCGUUGUCUACAUGCUCCUCUCGUUAUUAGUUCUCUAUUACCUCGUCGUAGUUGACUGCAAGAGAAAAAGGGUCGUUGCUCUUACAGUGCAGUUCUUUUUCCGAUCUCUGGUCCAGCUUCUUCGAUUGGUACCAGCCGUCACCACUGUCCCUCUCGCCGCAUUCAAGUAUUACCUCGUGAUGAAUGUCAUAUCGAGUGUCGGAGCUCUAAUUAAUGCACUCCACAUCCCUGAGAGGUGGUUUCCAGGGCAAUGCGACUAUCUGGUGAAUGGACACUCCCUCAUGCAUGUGGCAGCUAUACUGUCACUGGCUAUCGGUCGAUAUGGACUUCUCAUUGAUAUCGACUGGUUGGUAUCCGAUCCAACAUGCCCUGCUUUUCACUGACAAAUUGUACAUACAUACUUAGGAUUUUUUAAUGAUUCAAAUUGCAGGUACGUUGUUCGGUCAUAAUUCUUUAUUUAUUAUUUAUACAUAACGUCAUAUUUUAUUGAGAUAAUUAUAAGUUUAAUCAGGGAGCCCGGUAUUGGUUACUUUUUCAUACCUUUUUAUAUUCAUCUAGGUAAUGUUUCUAACUUUCUGUACCAUUUUUUUAUAUAUUUUUUUUAAUCGACUUUUAUUUUGUAGCUCAAACAUCA